AGAGAGAGAGAAAGAGUGAAACUCACAAGCGCAUGUCUGUGUUUAAAACGCGACGAAAAAGUUUUUCUCAACAUAUGUACAAAAGAGAAGAAGAGUGGAGAGAGUGGUCGGCGCGCACACAACGCCGUUCAUCGUUGACGAUUUUAGAUCAGAGCCCUUGGCUUGGCGCAGUUUAGGGUUGCGUGCGGCAAAAUUUUGCUUCUUGGUAAAGUGUUUGGUGAAAAUUGUGGGAAAGGUGGGGAAAAAGGCGAGAAUCGAAUGCGAAAAGACGGGAACGAAUAGGGAAGUGUUAUUUCGGCACGCGCCAAAUAAUUCAUUUUUUAAUUGAGUAAUUUAAAAAAGAGAGUUAUGUCAAUGGAAAAAAGAAUCGAAAAUUGCUUCUUCACUUGACGGAAUGACCUUAACAGAUCAUUCCUCCGGAAUCGAAACAUCAAUAUGGGAGGAAGAGGAGGAAAUAAAAGUGAAAUGCCGAUCGAACGAAGACGUUGUCAUCGCGGUGAAAAUUCGCCAAACGGAAAUUUGCGACAAUUUUCUCUUCGAAUUAUAUCGAGGGGAGCUGCCGAUUUCAACAAAUCGCUAUCGAAUUGAAACACAGGGGAAUUUAGUGCAAUUAACAUUAAAGGAAACAAAACAAGAUGACGCCGGACAUUAUUCGUUGACUGCAAAAAGAAUAACACAAAAUGGAAAUCAGAAUAAAUAUGCAAGGCGAAUUCACUUGAGAGUUGACGAAUCGUCUAGUUUCGAUGAAGGUGAUUUGCCUAUCUUUGUCCGAAGACUGAGCGAUCUAUCAGUUAAAGUUGGCACGAGAACGAGAUUUUUGGUUGAAAUACGAAGUCCCGCUACACCAAAAGUAACGUGGCACAGGAAUGAUGAAAUUAUUCAAGGAAAUUCACGUUUUUCAUUUGUAAAUGAGGGAAAUUUUUAUUGCGUUGACGUUGCGCCGGUAACAGUUGACGAUGAAGGACAUUGGACGUGCAUGGUGGAAAAUUACUGCGGAAGAUCAUCUUGUUCAUCGCACUUGACAGUCAUUGUUCCAAAGGCCUAUAAGAAGCCAGAAUUCGUUGGAGAACUUCGAGCAAUCCUAACGGAGACUGGAACCGUUUCGUUGGAAUGCAAAGUCGUUGGAGUGCCAACACCAUUGUUAAAAUGGUUCAAGGACAAUAAGGAAAUAAAAGCAGGUGAUGUUUUCGCCCUGACGGCUAACGUCGAUGAUCCAACAUCUCUGGGUACUUAUACUUGCGAGGCAACAAAUUGCAUGGGAACAUCUUUCUCUUCUUCCAAGGUUCACGUUGUUGGAAAAGGAAGUAGAGAAGGAUCGCUGAGACCAGCAGACACCUUGGCACCAUCUGGACCACUUCCAAUUUUCAAACAAAUCCUCAAAGAUGAAUCCUGUAAAAUUGGAGAGGCUCUGUGUCUUUCUUGCAAAGUUGACGUUCCACCGUGGCCGAAGGAAAUCCAUUGGUACAAUAAAGAAGGUAAAGUUGAAGCAAGCGAAAGAUAUCACAUUCAAGCUGAUGGUAUAGGUGGUUAUUCGAUCGAAAUAAAUCCCGUCGAAGCAAUGGACGAAGGAGAAUGGAAAUGUGUUGCAACGAGUUUCGAAAAUAUGAAGCAAUUCACGACCUGUUAUGUCGCCAUGUCCAUUCCAAAAAAUUAUCGAAAGCCUCGAUUCAUGGAGAGCUUAAAGGCGAUCUUAACAGAAGAAGGAUUAGUGUCCUUUGAAUGCAAAGUCGUUGGUUUCCCCACGCCCCUGUUGCAAUGGUUCAAAGAUGGACAGGAACUAAAGCCAGGGGAUGUUUAUCAGCUCACUGGUGCCAAUUCGUUAGGUUCUUAUUGUUGUAUCGCAAAAAAUUGUAUGGGUGAAGCUAAAAGUACAGCUGAAUUAACGGUGGAAGACAUUCAAAAUCAGUUGAAUGAAGAGGAACGUCUUCAACUUUUGAGUACAAAUCAACCACCAAAAUUCAUCAGGGGCCUUAGAAGUUGCGAAGCCAAAAUUUGUGAUCAUUUCCGAUUCACUGUUCAAGUGAGUCUUGCACCUGCGCCAAGUCUAUUUUGGUAUCGAGAUGAUUCUCAAGUUGAUGAGAAUGACAAAUUCAGAAUAGAGAAGGAAUCAUUGGGAACGUGUCAUCUAGAUGUGCAGCGUCUUGACUUUGUUGAUCAAGCUGAAUGGAAAUGCGUGGCGAGCAAUGAUUACGGACACAGUGUGACAUCCUGUUUCCUGAAACUGAUCAUUCCAAAACAUUAUAAGCAACCGAAAUUUCUAGAAAACUUGAGAGCAAUUCUCUCCGAAGAGGGUGCAGUUAAUCUCGAGUGUAAAGUAAUUGGAGUACCUCAGCCAACUUUGAAGUGGUUCAAAGAUGGUGCUGAGCUGAAAGCUGGCGAUAUUCACAGGAUAACAUCAGGACAAGAUGGUACCUGCUGCCUAGGAACCUACACCUGUGAAGCCUCAAAUUGCAUGGGAAGUGUGAGCAGUUCAGCCUCCCUGCUUGGUUUCGAAGAUCGAGUUGUCACAUCACCAGGGAAUGGAAUUCCAGCCCGGCCAUUCUCAGCCUUUGAUCACGAUCGUGAACUAGCUCGCAAUCUCUCCCUAUCAACAAUUCACGAGGAGAGAACAUCUCAAUUGUACGACACCAUUCAAACCGAUCAAUCAAUCACCGUUGAUGAUCGCGGCGAAGUCUCAUUCAGCUUCGAUGGAAAAGAAGUCUCCGUAAGUCUCUACGAAACACCCGAUCUCACCGAGGAGGAAGCCAUUCAAAUUGUCGAAAUGUACGCUGAUCAACUCUCUGAGCAUGUCACCUCACACAAUAUUAUCGAACUCCCACCCAUGAGAUUCAUGAAGGAGACUUCAAAUUCGGGUAAUUUAUUGAUGGAAGCAGUUGUCAUUGACGUGUCCCCGGAAUAUUUUGUCUCUAUCGAAGAAGGUGAUGAUCUACGAACUGAAGCUGACGUCGAGGAUAUGUCAAUGAUGGACGAGCAGACCACUAUCUCAUCGCCCCUACCGGAAAUCAUCUUCGCUGAUGGUGAUCGUCCACCAGUGAAACCUCCGAGGAGAAAAUCAAGCGCCAGGAGCGAGAAGCUGUCUGAAAGUUAUCACAGUGCGAGGGAACCACAAAAGAAAGACAGUUUCGAAAUGGACGUUGACACUGAACCAUUCACCGAUGCUCUUUCAUCAACCGACAGUAAGUUACAGAAAAAUCAAGACUCCUUCGAUUCCCUCACCAAUGGCAAGAAUCAAAAACCCCGAAAGAAGCGCUCGUUGAUCGAAAAAACCCCAUCCGAAGAAUUGCCAGAUGAAUUGAAGAAGCUCAAACGGAGCGAUUCGGCCGAUCCGGUUCUAACCGGAAAAUCCAUUGAUGACGAAUCGGAAAAGCAAUUACUGAACAAUAAGGAAAUGCUUCUGAACAUGAAUCAAGAACUAGCUGAACCAGCAUUGAUAAUCCGGAAUGCUUUGGUCGACUUCGAUUUACUUUUAUCCCUGGCCGAGUGCACUGAUAACGAGCAGAAUGCAUUCAUAACCGAAAAUUUUGUCCAACCGAUUCAAAGACUCUGCAAUCAGAUAAACAUCAUAGAGGCAAAGGCUCUAAAAGGUGCUGGCAAACGAUCUCUAGCGCAAAACGUAAGAAUCGCUGUUUUAGAAGCAAUUAGCGGACCAACCGAAGAACUACUCCGGGGAAUCGAGGUAAUGAAGCGAAGAGGCGCCGACAAUUUGAAACUCGAUCCUGUCAUUCUGGAACCGUUGGCUGAUCCUGUUGAUGAAAUCCUCUCCGGAUUGUCGAAGAUAGACUACGAAAUUUCCGGUCAAUCAAAAAGCAAAGAACCGAUCGUCUUGGAAAGAAUGAGGAGAACUAUCUCCUGGCUCGGGGAACGUCUCCAACAAUCCGAGGAGUCAUCAAACUUGUCAAACUCCCUAACAAUGAUUCAUAGAACAUUGAAAGAAUUCGUAGAUCAAGUACCAUUGAAUCCAGUCAAUGGAACCUGGAGCGAGAACAUCGAUGCCGUUCUCAUAGAAUCUCUCUGUCGACCCCUGGAAGACUUGACCAGAACUUCAGCCGAUAUUCUCCAAGAGGUGAAUCCAGAAGUCGCCAAACAAAUCGCGGAACCUUUCGACGAAUUGUUGACCAGACUCGACGCAUUAGUUGUCGCACUAGAGGGCUACGAGACCGAUAAUCGGACCGAAUUUGUCCUGGCUCUGAAAUCUUCCCUAGUCGGAGCGGCGGACGAAUUGACCAACAUCUCCAAACCGUUAUCCUUCGACGAACCUGGAACUCUAUCCGAAGUGAUUCUCGAUCCCCUGAUUGACGUCCAAUCCUCGGUGAAUUCGAUCCUAAGAGUUAUUGACGAUCCCCGUUCGGAGAAGGAGAUCCAAAUUUCCCAAGUUCUAGGCUCAUCGGAAUUGAUCAUGACAUUGACGCAAUUACGCCAAGCUUUGUCGAACGCCGCACAAAUAGCGACAACACUCAAGGAAGACGAGACGAUCAAUUCUUUGAUCGACCUACGAGAACCCUUGUUCGAUCUGCAAAUUGCUCUGUCAUCAGAAUUACUCUACGAGGAAAUUCCGAUUAUAAACAGCAUCAUUCCUCCUAUAAACACACUGAAGAAGAUGUUCUCCACGACUCUUGAGCACGUGAGCGGAAUCGAGAUUGUUAGUUCAAUGAGUCCGAUACUGGAGACACUGGGGGAAAUACAGCAGCAGGUUCCCUUGAUCAUUGAUCAGCUAAUGAUGAUGGAAAGUCAACCUGACGAAAUAGGAGCAAAAGUCGACAGGAGAAAGGAAUUGACCGAAAUUCUGGAGUCAUUGGAAGUUGCCUCGCAACUGACCACCGUAUUUUUUGAUAUUUCGACAAUUUUGGAAAAACAGGAACGUAAGAUUGGUGGAACAACCAUAAACGAUUCCGACCUCAUCGCAAAAUUAGAGGAAGUGAGAGAAAGUCUGGGUUCCACCACUGUCGCUCUAGGCAAUCUUCCAAUAAAACUGGACCUAAAUGAUGACGACAUAAUCAACGAGUUGGCCCAGUUGAGUGCACCGUUGAUCAAUUUUCAAAAAGAGUUGAAUAAACGACACAAUUUAGAGGAAGAAGAAGUUCUCCAGGGACUAAGAGAGCCGAUUAGGCGGAUACGAACCAUAAUAGAGAGUCUUGCCCAAGGAAUAGAAAAACCUGAGAAAGUAUUGUUGAUUCUAGGUUUAUUGGGUGACAUCGAAGAAAACAUCCUUGUACAAAGUUCAGGGGUCAAAACAAUUCUUGAAAGUGAAGAAAUCGAUCUCGAGAAGGUGGAAGAGGUGACGAAUUCGGAAUUAAACGAAAUGUUCCAAAAAUCAAUGGACCGUGAAAAAAUGAUCGAAAUCGAACCGACAGGUAUUAAUGAUGCUUUCUCUGAAGCAGUUGCUGGUGAAUUUGCCGAAGCAGCUGAACAAUUAGCAUUGUCUAAAAUAGCCGCUAGGGAAAAUCAAUUUGCUGAUUCAUCAGUAGUUGCAGAAUCACAAAAAUCAUAUGCUGGAGAAAUAGAAGUAAAAUUAACGGAAUCAGACGUUUGUCCAGAAGGCAAAAAACUUCAAGAAGCUAAAAUUGUUCAACAAGCUGAUCAGGAAGGAAUCACCAAUCUUCCAUCGAUCCACACGUCGAUGGAACUAACCGAAAUUGAAAAAACUCAAGAAACUCCCACCGCUGAAGUCUCCGAAUUAGCCCAAAAACCAAAUGUCUAUAAUGUUGGAAGAAUCGAAGAUGUUUCGCAAUUAGAAGAUAUUUCACCAAUAGAAGCAACGAACAUUGAAGAGAUAUCGCAGGAAAUUAAUAAAUUAACCCAAAUAUCUGAAAGUAGAGAGAGUCAUAACAUUCCCGAUCAGCCGAAAGUACUCCAAAUGGGUGAUUCUGAUGAAAUUACGAGAACCGAAGAACUCGAGAGUCUGGACGAGGAUUCGAUUUCCAAACAGUAUGCGACUAGAGUUCAGGAAUUGGCGAAAACGUUGCAAAUAGCCGCUGAACAAACGGAACAUUUUGAUGAUUCAUUGCUCUCAAGUCUGAAAGACAGUAAAGAUAUUUUGAAUUUUAAACUACAGGAAUUGCAGGAAUCUUCCGAUUCUAUGAAAAUGGAAUCAGUGGAUGUUAUGCAGAGAGAAGAACUGAAGGAGCUGAGGGAAAUUGAUCAAGACUCCGGUUUAAUCGAUGAAUAUGAAACCAAAACGGAAAGAGGUUUAGGUUCUGAAGUAUCAUUGCAGGAAGCGGUGAAUAUUACGGAUUCACCACAGGUUUUAAAAAUGCCAAUUGAUGAAGAUAUUUCUUCGUUAUCUGAAGAAGUUGUGGGAAUUGAUAGAGAGACAAAGGAUCAGAUGGCAAUGAUGGAAGUUGUUCAGGAUUUGUCGACAAUUGAUUCUUCAAGACCGGAAGUGUUGAAAAUAGGAAAAGUGGAGCAGGAGAAUGGAGGAAGGAUGGAGGAAGUUCAGAAGAGUCAGGAUGAUCAGGAAUUUGAUCAGCAAUUUAAUGGAGAAGGACUGGUAGUUGGUGGAAAUGAAAAAUUACUCUCGGGAGCAAUUGGAGUUAAGCAGGAAAUUUUAGAUUUGGCUCAAACGGAAGUUUCUGGAGAACUUGAUGAAGCAGCAGGAUCUUUAGGUCCAGAGAAAAUGGGAAUUGCUGAAGAUGCCAAGGAAACGAUACAUUUGGAAUUAGAUAAAAUGUCUGCAACUGUGAAUCAAGAAGAUUUAUUAGUUGGUGAUGAACGAAGAAAGGAUAACAAGGAAUCAGCUGAAACUUCUGAUCCAUUAGUUGUUACAGCAACUGCAGAAUAUCAAGAAAAAAAUAAAGAAUCGAAACAAUCAGAAUCAGCUGAAAUAUCUGCUCCAUCAGGUGAUGCAGCAGACCAUCAAGAAGAAGAUAACAAAAAAUUGAAACAAGCAGAAUCAGCUGAAACAUCUUCUCCAUCAGCAGUUGCAGAAGAUCAAGCAAAAGGUAACGAAUCGAAACAAUCAGAAUUAUCAGAAAUAUCUGUUCAAUCAGCUGAUGCAGCAGUAGCUGCAGCAACAACAAUUGAAAAAGAAGAUAUCAAGAAAUCAACACAAUUAGAAGCAGAACAAGCAGCAGCUAAAACAUCAUCAACUGAAGCACAAGAAGCUUCAUCAAUCGACACACUAACAGAAUCACCAAAAAUUACAGAACCAUCAAACAUUUACAAUGUUGCCAAAGCAACAGAAUCUUCAAAAUUGGAGGAAGCAGAUUCUUUAACGGAAAAUUUGCCCGAAGCUAAAACUCUUCAGGCAGUUGUUGAUUCAGCAACGAGUCUAGAAACUGCAACAGAUUUACAAAAAUCAAACGUUUUGCAGUCUUCGUCAAUCAAUGAACCUAUAACCGAAGAUAUGUCAAAGGAAUUAAGAGAAUUGUCAGAAAGAGAAGAAAUCUUAAACCUAGCAGAAGAGAAACUAGAGGAAAUCAAAUCAACCGCUCGUACAGAAUUACCGGAAGUGUACAGUAUGGCAAAAAGUAAAGAUAUCUCCCAAUUGGAAGAAGAAGAACCAAAAACUUUAGAACCAAUCGAUCAGGAAUCAGAAAAUCUGACCGAAUUAGAUGUUUCUGAAACAUAUUUGAGAGGAAACCAACUGAUCUUCAAUAAGCCAAACGUGUUCCAAAUGGAAAACAUCGAAGAAAUAUCAACAAGUGAAGAUCUACAAAGUAUAACUGAAGCAACUUUGUCUAAACAAGCACAAGAAUUUGAAGAAUCGGAAAAAACUGUUCAAAUCGGUGCUGAACAAACGGAACAAUUUAGAGAUUCACUUGCUGAAAAUUUGGACACUCAACCAGAUUUGAAAGAAAAUUUAAUUGAAAUCGUAGAAUCUGAACGAACCGAUUUCGUUAAUAUUCUCAAAGAACCAUAUCAAAUUUUACAGAAAGAAGAAAUAACAGAGCUCUCUGAAUUUGAUCAAACGGGAAUAAUUACUGAUGAAAGUUCCAUUGAGGGAGAGGAGGGAAAAAUUUUAGAAACAGUUUCCUCGCACGAAAAAUUCGAAUUAAUUGGUGCGCCAAUUGUUUUGCAAAUGGCAGUUGGUGACGAUAUUUCUUCACUGUCGGAAGAAAUCUCAACUAUGACGACUAAAGACGAUUCAACCUUCCAUGAAGCGAUGGAACAAGAAGAAGUGAUUGACAUCCUGGAUAAACCACAAGUUCUCCAAAUGGCAAUAGCAGAAGAAAGUGAUCAGAGUUUUAGGGAAAUUAACGAGCAAAUGUUGACGAAAUCUGUUGAAGAAGUUGUCGCUUCAAUUGAAGAAAUACCGGAUGUUUUGAGUGUGGCAAAUAUGGAAGAGGCUAAAAUUGAAGAAAGUGGUCUCGCUUCUGAUAUCGUUUCUACUGAAGAAUUACAGGAAAAUUCGAAGGUCGCAAAUAUCGAAGAAGCUAAGGCUGAAGAAAAUGGUAUCGCUUCUACUGAAGAAAUACCGGAAGUAUUGAAGGUCGCAAAUAUCGAAGAAGCUAAAACUGAAGAAACUGGUACUGCUUUUGGCAUCGCUUCUACUGAAGAAAAAGCGGAAGUUUUGAGUCUCGCAAAUAUCGAAGAAGCUAAAACUGAAGAAACUGGUAUUGCUUCUGCUGAAGAAAUAUCGGAAGUAUUUAAGGUCGCAAAUAUCGAAGAAGCUAAAACUGAAGAAAUUGGUAUUGCUUCUACUGAAGAAAUAUCGGAAGUAUUUAAGGUCGCAAAUAUCGAAGAAGCUAAAACUGAAGAAACUGGUACUGAUUUUGGCAUCGCUUCUACUGAAGAAAAAGCGGAAGUUUUGAGUCUCGCAAAUAUCGAAGAAGCUAAAACUGAAGAAACUGGUAUUGCUUCUACUGAAGAAAGAGCAGAUGUUUUGAAUCUUGUAAACAUUAAAGAAGCUAAAACCGAUGAAGUUGGUAACGCUUCUAUUGAAGAAAGACCAGAAGUUUUGAAUCUAGCAAAUAUCGAAGAAACUAAAAUAAAUGAAGCUGAAAGUAAAGAAGCUAAAUAUGAAGAAGCUACAAGUGCAGAUACUGGUAUCGCUUUCACUGAAGAAAUGCCAGAAGUUUUGAACCUCGCAAAUAUCGAAGAAGUUAAAAUUAAAAAAGCUGAAAUUCAAGAAGUUGAAAUUAAAGACACUGAAGAUGCUGAAGCUAAAGAAGUUGGUACUAAAGAUGCUGAAAUUAAAGAAGCUGAUACUAAAGAUGCUAAAAUUAAAGAAGCUAAAAUUGAAGAAAUUGUAGAUUCAUCGAAAAAAGAAACUAAAGACAUUCAUCAAAUGGAAGAAGCAACAACAAAAGAAAUUACAGAUGAUGAAUCAAAAGAUACGGAAGAAAGGCGAGAAAUCUCCGAAGAGAAGAUACAAAUUCCAAAGGAACUAAUCAUCAAAGUGAGUAACAAUCUGAACGAAGUUAAGCAACAAAUAACGAACAUUGUAGAAGAAUUCGAACAAAGACCAGUAACAACUCCCUCAUUGUCAGUCUCACAAUUAGCAACCGCAAUCGAAAUGUUAAGGAGAACAGUUUCGAAUAUUUCUACAGAAUUUGCAACAACCGCCGAAGAGUUUUCAAAGUCCGACUAUGAAGCAGAAUUCAGUGGUGAAGAAUUGUGUGAAAUUAACGUCAACGAAAUUACGAGCGAAUUAACAAAAAUGCUGAAACCGUUAAUGAAAGUUAGCGAAGCUUUGUCAGCAACACAAGAGUGUGGCGCUCCCGAAUUGGUACUUCUCAACAAACUCAACAAUCCGAUUGAAAAUAUAAAACAAAAUAUCGUCAAAUUGUUGAUAGAAUCUAAAAUUGAAUCAUCAUCGAUAAUCACUCUGACUCCAAUGAUUCAAGUUCUAGAGACUAUCGAAGAAGAAAUACCGCUCGCUCUAGAUGAAGUGAAGUACAAAUUGGAGAUUGUGAAUGUUCUGCAUAAUGUUAUGAGACCAUUGGAUGUUGUCAGGGAGAGAAUGAAUGAUCUGGACACGUCUGCUGAACGCACAUUGGAAACGGAUGUGGCUAAUAUUCUCGUGGGACCGACAAAUUAUUUUCAACGUGUUCUUGCUGAUCUUGUGGAGAAAUUUGAGGAUGGAAAUCAUUCAGACGAACGGAUGCGAAAUGCAGUGUUGAAGCUUCAUGGAUUGGUGGAACCAUUGUUUGAAUUUCACAGUACAUUGUCAGUUGUUAGGAGUAGUCGAAGAAGUUCGGUGAUGGAAACGGAAUUACUGGAGAAGAGGAAGAAUGUUAUUCUUCUAUCAAUUGAGGGCUUGAGUAAUUCUUUGGGGGAAAUAAUCGAGAGUGUUGGAGGAAAUGGAAGAAAUGGCGAUAUUGAUGCACUUUUGGAUUCGUUGAUUACUUUGAAUGCGGCUAUGUCAUCUGUUCAACGACAUGUUUGCAAAGCGGAGUACAGCAGAAGAGUCAGUUGCAUUGGAACACUUCAGACUAGAAUAACACCCGCACUGAAUGAACUCUUAGGCACAGUAUCAACACUCCAGGAGAAUCUUGAUCAGGAAACUUUUGAUAUUGUCUCAAAUCCACUGCAGACUCUUCAAAAACAACUUCAAAUAGCUCAAACGCAGUUGAAUGAAACUUCUGAUCAACAUCUCGAUGAAGAAGCAAUUGUCGAAGGUUUCAUCUACCCGGCUGAUAGACUUCUCUCAUCCCUUAAUGUUUUGAAAGAAAAUCAACAAAAUACUGAAAUAAAAGAAGAUUCUUUGCGUUUAUUGCAAACCCUACAGGAAGCUGUGGUAAAUUUUGAAUCAUCAUUGUCCACAUUGCACAAAGAACUCAUCACUGACAGUGAGAGUCAACAAUUGUCAAAAGCUGAAACCCUAGGUGCUGUUCUUGUACCACUGAAGAGUAUACACUCGACAAUUGGAUCAAUUAUCAAGGAGAGUGGAAAGAGUAUUCAAACGGAAGCAAAAGACAAUGGAGCAGAUUCCAAAAGUGAAAAGAUUCCAAAAGAUGAAGACCAGACUCAAAAAGAAGAAAGUACCUCACUUCCGACUGUAUUCACGACCGUUGAGACAAUUAUUGACGAAUGUAUCGAAAUAUCGAAUUUGCAAACUGAAGCCUUGCUGGAAGUUGCGAGAGCUAUUCCAAAAGCGGAAGUGGAUGAGAGUCGAUUGAACGUUGUUAAGGAGCAAACAGCUACACUGCAUGAUGAGGAAUCUAAAGGAGUAAUUCUUGAGGAGUCAGGAGAAAUCAAGUUGGAUGAAAAAUCAAAAGAAGAAAAAUUAAAUAUUCAUCAAGCUUUGAUAGUGGAGACAGCAGAUAUUUCAGAAGAAGGAUCAUCAAUGCAGAAUUUAGACAGAAAGGAGAGUCUUGUCGCAUUUUGGUCUCUAAUGGACGAACCACUAAAUGCACUCAAGGAAUCAAUUGCCACAAUCAUUGACGAGCAGGUGAAUUUGGAGGAAACUGGAAAAAUUGAUGAAGCAAAAAGUGAAAUGAUCCUACAAUCUGAGGUAGUUCAGCAAUUAACUGAACUGCAAUCGUCAAUAGCUGCUAUUCAGGAAUUGACUCUAUCGGAAGCUGACCGAUCGGAAGAGGUCACUUGGCAGGAGGAGAGUUUUCCUGCUUUGCAAAAUUUAGCGAAAGCUUUGGAGAAGUUGGGAGAACAUUUACCAGUGAUGGAGACAAUCGAAAUUGAAGAAGUAGCUUCUAGCUUGGCAGAUGAUACAGUGACGGCUGAUAAAUUGAAGACAUUGGUGCAACCUCUUCAGGAAUUGAGAGAAUCACUUGCACUAUUAGUGGAAGAUAAUGUAUAUCUAGAACAGGAAUCAGAGAGUGUGGAUGAAUUAUCGCCUAUGAAACAGGAAACGGUGGGAAUUGUUAUCGAAGAUGAAAAUAAAUUGGUUGCUGAAGAAACCAUAUCUAAAUUCAAAGUGGAAGAAAGUAUUCAGAAGAAAGAAGAAGAACGAGAUGAAGGCCAAAGAGAGAUUGAUGAUGAGGAGGUAAAACGAGUAAAAGAAGAGGAGAAUUUGAAGCAGAAGGCUGAAGAAAAAAUUAUGAAGGAGAAGAAAGAAGAAGAAGCAGAAGUAAAAGAAGAAGGAAAAGAAGAAGAAGUAGAAGUUAAACAGAUUAGAGAGAAAAAGGAAUUAAAAGAAGAAAUUGAGAAAAUGAAAGAAACUGACGAAGAGCAAUUGAAAAAAGUACAAGAAGACAAAGAAAAAGUAGACAAAGUACAAGUACAAAAAGAAGAAAAAAUAAAAGACGAAGAAGAGCAGAAAAAAGAUCAAGAAGAAUUGAAAACUGUGGACGGUGAACAGAGUCUAAAGCAGGAAGAAGUGAUAAAUAAGAAGAAUGAAGAAGAAAGAAAACAAAAACUCGAAGGAGAAAUUAUAAAGAAAGAAGAACAACUACUAAUGAAGGAAAAAGAAGAACAAGAAAAGGAAAAAGAAGCAGUAAACAAACAAGAGAUAGAAACAAAGAAGAAGAUAGAGGAAGAAUUGAAAAGUCGUGAAGAAGAGGAUCGUAUAGAAAAAGAAAAAGAAGAAAAGGAACGUGAAGCAGAAGAGAAAAGAGUUGAGGCUGAGAAGAAAGAAGAAGAUGACAAAUUAAAGAAAGAACAAGAGCGUGAAGCAGAAGAAAAAAGAAUUGAAACUGAGAAGAAAGAAGAAGAGGAGAAAUUAAAGAAAGAACAAGAACGAAAAGAAGAAGAGGAAAGAAUUGAAGCCGAGAAGAAAGAAGAAGAGGAGAAAUUAAAGAAAGAACAAGAACGUAAAGAAGAAGAGGAAAGAAUUGAAGCUGAGAAGAAAGAAGAAGAGGAAAGAUUAAAGAAAGAACAAGAGCUUAAAGAAGAAGAGGAAAGAAUUGAAGCUGAAAAGAAGAAAGAAGAAGAGGAACGUUUAAAGCAAGAACAAGGACGUAAAGAGGAAGAAAGAAGAGUUAAACGUGAGGCGAAGAAGAAAAAAGAAGAAGAGAGAUUGAAAAAAGAACAAGAGCUUAAAGAAGAAGAGGAAAGAAUUGAAGCUGAGAAGAAAAAAGAAGAAGAAGAACGUUUAAAGAAGGAAAAAGAACGUAUAGAAGAAGAGGAACGAUUGAAGAAGGAACAAGAAAUUAAAGAAAAAGAAGAAGAACGAUUAAAGAAGGAACAAGAACUUCAAGAAGAAGAAAGAUUAAAACGCGAAGAAGAGAAGAGAAAAGAAGAAGAGGAAAUUAAACGUCAGGAGGAAGAGCAAAGAUUAAAGGAAGAACAAGAACGUAGAAAAGAAGAAGAAAGACUUGAAAAGGAGGCUGAGGAGAAAAGAAAAGAAGAGGAACGUAUAGAGAAAGAAAAAGAACUCAAGGAAGAAGAGGAAAGAAUCAAGCGCGAGACAGAGAAAAAGAAAGAAGAAGAAGAACUACUAGCAAAAGAAAAAGAAGAGGAGGAACGAUUAAAGAAGGAAAAAGAACGUAUAGAAGAAGAACGAUUGAAAAAGGAACAAGAAACCAAAGAAGAAGAAGAACGAUUAAAGAAAGAACAAGAAAUCAAGGAAGAAGAAGAAAGAGUAAAGAAAGAACAAGAAAUCAAGAAAGAAGAAGAACGAUUAAAGAAAGAGCAAGAAAUCAAAGAAGAAGAGGAACGGUUAAAGAAAGAACAAGAACUUAAAGAAGAAAAGGAAAGAAUUGAGGCUGAGAAGAAAAAAGAAGAAGAGCGUCUAAAGAAGGAAGAAAAACUUAGAGAAGAAGAGGAAAGAUUGAGAAAAGAACAAGAUUGCAAAGAAGAAGAAAGGUUAAAUCGUGAGGCAGAGAAAAGAAAGGAAGAAGAGGACCGAUUGAAAAAAGAACAAGAGCGUAAAGAAGAAGAGGAAAGACUUGAGGCAGAGAAGAAAAAAGAAGAACAGGAACGUUUAAAGAAAGAACAAGAAGAAGAAAGAUUAAGAACAGAAAAAGAACGUAAAGAAGAGGAACAAAGAAUUGAACGUGAGGCUGAAGAGAAAAAACAGGAAGAAGAACGAUUAAAGAGAGAGCUAGAGCGUAAAGAUGAAGAGGAACGAUUAAAGAAGGAAAAAGAACUUAAAGAAGAAGAGGAACGAUUAAAGAAGGAAAAAGAACUUAAAGAAGAAGAGGAACGAUUAAUGAAAGAAAAGGAACUUAAAGAAGAAGAGGAACGAAUCAAACGCGAGGCAGAGAAAAAGAAAGAGGAAGAGGAACGAUUGAAAAAAGAACAAGAGCGUAAAGAAGAAGAAGAACGAUUAAGAAAGGAACAAGAACUUAAAGAAGAAGAGGAAAGAAUUAAAGCUGAGAAGAUAAAAGAAGAAGAGGAACGUUUAAAGAAGGAAAAAGAACAAGAAGAGGAAAGAUUGAAGAAAGAACAAGAACUUAAAGAAGAAAAGGCAAGAGUUGAGGCAGAAAAGAAAAAAGAAGAAGAGGAACGCUUAAAGAAGGAACAAAAGCGCAAAGAAGAAGAGGAACGCUUAAAGAAAGAACAAGAACGUCUGGACGAAGAGAAUCGAUUGAAGAAGGAACAAGAACUCAAAGAAGAAAAUGAAAGAAUUGAGGCUGAAAGGAAAAGAGAAGAAGAGGAGCGUGUAAAGAAAGAAAAAGAGCGUAUUGAAGAAGAGGAGCGAUUGAAAAAAGAACAAGAACUGAAAGAAGAAGAGGAAAGAAUUAAAGCUGAAAAGAAAAAAGAGGAAGAGGAAAGGAUUGAAGCUGAAAAGAAAAAACAAGAAGAGGAGCGUUUAAAGCAAGAACAAGAACGUAAAGAAGAAGAAAAAAGAGUUAAACGUGAGGCAAAGAAAAAAAGAGAAGAAGAAGAGCGAUUGAAGAAAGAACAGGAACGUAAGGAAGAAGAAGAAAGAGUUGAGGCUGAGAAGAGGAAAGAAGAAGAGGAACGUUUACAGAAGGAACAAGAACUCAAAGAAGAAGAAGAACGUUUGAAAUUAGAACAAGAACGUAAAGAAGAAGAAAGGCUUAAACUUGAGGCUGAGAAGAAAGAAGAAGAGGAGAGAAUAAAGAAAGAACAAGAGCGUGAAGAAGAAAAUGAAAGAAUUGCAGCUGAUAAGAAAAAAGAAGAGGAACGUUUAAAGAAAGAACAAGAACGUAAAGAAGAAGAGGAAAGAAAUGAAGCUGAAAAGAAAAAAGAAGAAGAGGAACGUUUGAAGAAAGAGAAAGAAGUCAAAGAAGAAGAGAAAAGAGUCAAACGUGAGGCAAAGAAGAAGAAAGAAGAAGAUGACCGAUUAAAGCAAGAACAGGAGCGUAAGAAAGAAGAGGAAAAAGUUGAGGUUGAAAAGAAAAAAGAAGAGGAAGGAGUUAAGCUUGAGGAUGAGAAAAAGAAAAAAGAAGAGGAACUAAAACGUCAAGAAGAAGAGGAACGAUUGAAGAAAGAAAAAGAACAGAAAGAAGAAGAAGAAAAACUCGAAGCCGGGAAGAAACAAGAAGAAGAGGAACGUUUAAAGAAAGAACAACAACGUAAAGAAGAAGAAGAAAAAUUAAAACUUGAAGCUGAGAAAAGGAAGAAGGAAGAAGUAGAGGAACUUAAACGCCGAGAGGAAGAGGAGUGUUUAAAGAAAGAAGAACAAUUGAAACUUGAAUCCGAAAAAAAGAAAAAAGAGAAAGAAGAGUUACCAAAAAAAGAAGAACAAGAACAACUAGAAUCCAAGACUGUCGAUAGGAAGAAGGAUGCAAAGGAAAAAGUCAGAAGAAAAUCAAAGGAUCAGAAACGCAAAGGUUCUGCAGAAGCACUGAAAGAAGAAACUGAAAAAACAAUUAAAGCCAAAGAUAAUGGUUUGAAAGACGAUGUUGAGCAAAAGGAGAGUUCAGCAGACAAAACUCCAGCAGAUGAUCAAUCCAUCAUUAAGGAUACUAAAAAACCUGAAGAGGAAGUUCCAGAAAAAGAUAAACCAAAAAUUGAAGAAACAAAGAAAACCAAACGUAAGGCAUCCUUGAAGCAAUCAAAAAUUGAAAAAAGCAGUAAAGUCGAAGAAAAAUCGCAAACUACCGAAAAUGGAGAACAAAAUGGAUCACAAAUUGAAACAAAAACUGAUUAUUCCAAAACAACAACUACAGAUACUGAAGUACCUAAACAAAAAUUAAGACGAUCCUCAAAACAAUCGAAUCAAGAGGAAAUUGUCUCUUUAGAGAAAAUGGAAAAAUCCCAAAUUGAAAAUGGAGCCAGCACAAAAACAAUUAAAUCUUCAACAAAAGAAAUGCGUCGAAGAAGUAGCACAAAAACAUCAUCUAUUGAUGAUUCUCAAGACUCUGGACUCAGGAAACGAGAAACUGAUAAACCCAGGAUAACAGAUGAUCACGAACGAAAACGUCUGUCAGAUUAUCAAUCCGAUGAUUCUUCUUCGAAUACGAUAACUUUGGGUCGAGAGGAAAAAUCAUCAGCUAGGGAGAGAAUCAGGCAGGAGCCGGAAAGAUAUUCCAGAACUGAUUUCAGUUGUUCUGAAAGGAUCACUCCUUCAGCCUCCUUCAGGAGCACGACGACUUAUUCAGAGUACUCAGCAACGGUACAUUCGAGGCAAAGUAGAGAAGAUUAUUCCACUCUUCGUCCAGCGGUUGUUCAACGAAAUAAAUCCUACGACAGGGAACGUUCAAGAUCAUCAAAAUAUUAUGAAUCACCAAUCAGUUCCUCGACAUCGUUUCUAAGACCCACUGAACGUUCCAUUUAUGUUUCACCCACUGUUCAUUAUACCCGCAGAAGACCUGGUAGCGUCAGUCCUAGUUUAAUUCCGGAAAUUGAUUCGUCAGCCUAUUAUUUAUCAACUGAAGGAAGUUGCACACCAGAGAAAAGCUCCAUCGAUCGAGCAAAGUGUCCCUUUUUCUGUACAAAAUUAACGAAUCGAACAGUGGCCGAGGGUUCGAGAUUGAGAUUAACUUGCACGGUGAUUGGUCAACCGGAUCCUGAUGUUCAUUGGACGAAGAAUGGCGAGAAGAUUCGACCUGGAAGUCGUGAGCGGAUCAAGUUGGAAAAUGGAUUGGCAAUUUUGGAAAUAAAUUCAGUUCUUCCUGAGGAUUCUGGAUGUUACGUUUGUGUCGCGAAAAAUUCUCAUGGCCAAUCAAUCAGUGAGGCUGUGGUGAGGAUUUACGCCGCGUUCGAAGCCAUACCAUUGCCUCCAACUUUUACAAGUUCCAUAAAAGAUACUUAUAGAUUCUCAGAUCAUGAAUUGAUCCUGGAAUGCAGAGUUCGAGGACAGCCAACGCCAACUAUAACGUGGUUGAAGGAUGAGAUUGAAUUGCGAGGAAAUCGUUACAAUCAAAGUUUUCUUGCUGAUGGUAUUUGCCGUUUGAAAAUUGCAAAUCCAGAUGCAUCAGACAGUGGUGAAUAUGUUUGUCGUGCUGACAAUGAUGUACGAAAGGAUCAAAUUCGUCAUAUUGUUCAUUUUGAAGGUCACGAGCAACGAUUCACGAGCGCACGGGAACGUAUUCUGUUUGACGAUAGGAAUCGAACUUCCACUAGAGAGAUUGGUCGACGUCCAUGUUUCUCCAGUCAUCUCAUGGAUCACAGUGUUCCGGUCGGUGGUACCAUUGCCUUACAGGUUGAAGUUGGAGGAACGCCAGCACCAAAAGUAACGUGGUUACGUCGUGAUGAUGAGAGGAGGGAAAGAUCUUUAUGUUCGAAAUUCCGUACAUUUACGGAGUCGGGUGUUCAUACGUUAAUUUUACCGGAGGCAUCGGAAUCGGAAGCUGGAACCUACGUUUGCAGGGCGUCGAAUGUCUUUGGUCAGACGGACACAAUUGCUAAUGUUGAAGUUCUUGGUCCAACCAAGUUCGACGCUAAUGGAAAACCCGCAAUGUUCAUUUCUCGACCCGCUGAGAAGACAAUUUCUGCUGUUGUCGGCGAAGACGUUUCUGUUUCAUUCAGAUUGGCAGGAGUUCCAAAACCACGUGUAACGUGGAUGAAGGGAUUACGAGACAUCACUAAUGGACCGAGAUCAUGUAAAGAUAAUGUUGACGAUUAUGUUCGAAUCACUCUCAGCAGAAUUAUUCCCGCCGAUGAAGGUACUUAUUGUAUUUUGGCAAAAAAUCGUUACGGAUGUGAUAGAGCAUUUUUUUCAAUCAAGGUGAAGCAAAGAGCGAGAUCACUGACGCCGACGUUCUUAAGCGACAUUGGAAAUCAUCUGUCGGAACAUGAAAAUGAAGAAGUAUCUUUGAACAUAAAAGAUAUUCCGGGACCAAUUAGCAGCGAACCGAUUGUUUUGGACAGUGGUAGAAAUUGGCUGUCUUUGAGUUGGGGCAGAGCUGAGCAAAGAGGUCCGGCUCCAAUUGUUGGUUAUAAAAUUGAAGCCUGGUUACUUGGAGGUGAAGGUGGUGCAAGAUGGGUGACGUUGGGUGAAAGUCCUAUAAAUUCGUUCGACGCUUUUAAUCUUCGAUCGGGAAGUGAAUAUAAAUUUCGCAUAACACCUAGAAAUCGUUAUGGCUGGGGUGAAUCUCUCCUAAGUACAGAGACAUUUACAGUUAAUGAUAAUGUCGAAAUUCCGGAAUUCGUCAGAAUUCUUCCUGGUCAAAUCAAAGCUCUCGAAGGUACCACCGUUAAAUUGGAGUGUGAGGUUCGAGGGGACUCGAAAAUAAAUUGGUUUCGAGAGAACAAUGGAAUUGAUCCUAAUGAUGAUCCAAGAUGCACAGUUUCUCACAAUGGUACCAAGUGUUCGUUAAUUUUAAGUAAAAUUCAAGAGACUGAUUCUGGAAGGUAUAUUUGUGAGGCAACGAAUAAAGCUGGAAAAGUUUCGACCUUCGCCAGAUUGAUGGUGGUGAAUGAUGAAAAAAUUUUGCAGGCUGACGAAAAAUUGAGGAGCAGAUAUUUCGAUGGCGCAACUGUGGAGAGUCCUCCUCAAUUUGCAAUGAGACUACGAGACAGACGAGUACAGGCGAGCUAUCCAGUGAGAUUGACCUGUCAAGUUUUAGGAUUCCCCGAACCCCAGGUCACUUGGUUCAAAAAUGGCAAAGAAAUUCACGAAGACGGCUUUCACGCAUUUUGGAAUGACGAAUCACAUUUCCAUACUCUCGAGAUUUCCUCGUCGUCAGUUGAGGAUUCUGGUUGUUACAUGGCGACUGCAAAAAAUUUAUACGGCUCCGUUUCCUGCCGCUGCAUGAUCGUCGUCGAUAAAGGAAUUCGCGCUUACAUUGCUCCGGAAUUCACCUGCGGUUUGGAUGCCGCCUACACCUUGAGACCUGGCGAGGAAUUGCGAAUGUCUGCUCAAAUUGAGGCAUAUCCAAGUGUUGGUGUCGUUUGGCAUCGCGAUGGAGUUCGCCUUCGACCGAGUAGAAGAGCAGUGAUGACCUUGAAUCACAACGGAGCUGUUGAAUUGUGCUUGGGCAAUGUCACCAGCAGGGAUGCGGGAAUGUACAGUUGCACAGCGACCAAUGAAGUCGGACGAGCGGAGACUUCAACCAGGGUUGAUAUUUCACUUGAUGAUCAAGAGACUUCCGGAGAAAAAUUAAUUAUGGAACCUAGUUCUGGAAUUCCGUAUUCACAGAAGCCUCUUUUCGUUACGAAACCACUUUCAUCGGAUGCUGUUGAAGGAGAUACGAUCAUCAUAAUGUGCGAGGUCGUUGGCGAUCCUAAGCCAGAGGUCAUGUGGCUUCGUGAUUUUCUAAAGCCCGAUUAUUAUAGAGACGCAACACAUUUUCGACGAAUUGGCGCUGGUCCUCAAUAUCGACUUGAAAUUCCAUUUGCUAAACUUGAUUUCACUGGGACUUAUACGGUUAUCGCGAAAAAUUGUCAUGGUGAAGCAAAAGCGAUAAUAUCGUUACAAAUAUACGCAAAAGGGCAAGGCAAAGGUGACAGAAUGAAUCAGCAGUCAACAAUUCGAGAAGGGAAAAUUUUAAGUCUGCCAAUCAUAAGGAAGGAAUUGCGUGAUCUUCAAUGUUGUGAUGGUGAUGCUGUUGUUUUGGAAUGCAAAUUUUAUGCUCCUUCAGAAACGCCAAAUAUUCGCUGGGAGAAAGAUGGCAAGACACUGUCAUUAAGCGGAGAUUUCUCCGCUGAUUUUGAUGGUGAAACUGCAAGACUCAGUAUUCAGCAUGUGUAUCCAGAAGACGAGGGUGAAUACACUUGCAUUGCCUCAAAUCAAUUGGGAAAAGCUUUCACAUCUGCGUGUCUCAUUGUUGACGUACCCGAGGGUAAGGAGAAUGUAUUAAGUCAACCACGCCUUAUGAAGCCCAUGGGACUAUUAUCAGCAGGGUCAACUCCUAGAUCAACUCCAAGAUCGACGCCUGUUCGCAGUCUCUCACCGGCUGCUGGUGCCCAUGGCCGCGAAUUGAGAGCAAUAAAUCUUCCAAGACGAGUGGAAGCUGGUGUCAAUAUGAGAAGAAAGCAAAAAAUAGCUCCUCCGAAAUUUUACACGGUUCCUCAUAAUAGAGUGGCAGAGGAAGGCGAGACAAUAAGAUUCCAGUGCGCAAUCACUGGUCAUCCGAUGCCCUGGGUGGUUUGGGAUAAAAAUGGUGUCUCCGUUACUCAAACGCCAAGAAUAACAAUCAAAGAGAAAGAUGACUUACGAGUUCUGGAAAUCUCCCAGGUGAUGUCCGAAGAUGCAGGACUGUACAGAGUCACCCUUGAGAAUGAUGUCGGACGCACUGAAGCUACAGCACGUUUGGAAAUAAUCAAUCGACACAGUGCAGUUCCUCGUCCAAUUCGAACGAGAAGUGCAUCGCCUAGAACCUAUCCAACAUUCACUAGAAGUCUUCUUGGUUGUGCAACGAGGGUCAAUGAUUCAUUUCAAUUGCAAUGCGACAUUAGAAGUUCUCCAAGUCCAACUCCUUCUUGGUACAGAAAUGGUAAACGAAUGGAGCGAUCGAGUAGAGUUAGAAAAUAUUUUGAUGGACGAACGGCAAAAAUAGAGAUCUUCGAAGUGAAGAAAACUGAUACUGGUGAAUAUGUUUGUGAGGCUUAUAAUUUUCUGGGAUCAACAAGAAGUAGUUGUCAAGUAAUUGUCUUUGAUUCUGAUGAUCCCUCGACACUGGAUAAAGAGGCACCGAAAUUUCUACAAACUCUUGCGAAAGAAUCAAUAGUAAUGGAGGGACAUUCUUAUGAAUUGCAGACGAGAAUUGCAGGUACUCCUCCGUUUGAAAUCAAGUGGCUGAAGGACAAGAAGGAAGUUUGUGACACUGACUGCUACCGAUAUGUUGUCUACGAAGAUGGAGGUUUAGCUCUACGAUUAGCCAAUGUCAAUUCCUUGGAUGCUGGUGAAUACACCUGCCUAGUGCGAAAUGCUUUUGGAUCAUCAUCAUGUAACGGUUUAUUCGCAGUUCAAGACUAUAAAGGUGGAUCGAAAGCUGCAUUUUGGUUCACAAAAACUCCAGUUCCAGUUCUGGCUACCAAGGGCGAGACCGUUUCAUUUUGUGCUAGGAUUCAGACUGAAAGAUCCAUUGAAAUUGAAUGGACCGUCAAUGGAAAGAGUGCUAGAGAGAAUCACAAUUGCAAGGUUGAGAAAGACGGGCCAACGACAAUAUUGAGGAUAAAUUCAGUGACUUAUCGUGACUGCGGUGAAAUUCGUUGCACAGCAUCAGUGACUGGAGGUCGAGGUCCAUCGAUAAGUUGUGCCACUGAUCUUCGUUUCUUCAGAAUUCCCAGAUCAAGAGACAGAUCUCCAUCGCCUGUAAAAAUGUUCCUAUCACCACUGCCAAGACGUUCGACACGUGUCACCACAAGUCCCAAUCGUUACGAUAAUAAAGAGAAUUCAAAUAGAAUAUCAUCAUUAAAUGAAAGGGCAGACAAUAAAAUUAAUAAAAUUAAUAAAAUUAAUGAUUUGCAUAAUCGUUCACAAAUCGAGAUUUUCUGCAACAAUUCAACAUCUCAGCAGAAUCAGGAAAUCAUCAAGAAAAAUACAAUAAUUGAAGAUGAAUUAAUAUCGGCGAAAAUUUACAAUAAUCGACAAAUUAGAACUGAGACUGAAAAUCAGAGGGAGGAAAAAAUUGUUCGUAAUUGUCUCAAUAAGUUGGCAAACUCUCUUGGCAAUCGGAAGGAGAGAAAAAUUGAAAAGGAAGAAGAAAUAGUAAGAGAUGAAGAGAGAAUAGAGAUUAUUGGAAGAAUUGAAGAAGUGAAGACGAGAAACGUAGAAGGUGGUUUCAGGAAAGAAGAAACGAAAAUAAGAAAAGGAAAACGAAAAGAAGAAAAAGCAAAGCAGAAAAGAGGAAAUGAAGAAAGAAAAGAAAACGAAAAAAAGAAAGUAAGAGAAGAAGAAAAUUUACAAACAAAAGUGAAGUCAAUAAAAGAAGAAAUAGAGAGAGAAAUGAAAUCAGCUGAAGAAAACGAGCCAAGAAAAUAUGCUAAACGAAAAGAAGAAAUAAAGAAGAAAAACUCAAACCAAAAUUCGCACAAAGUAUCUUCAGAAGCAAUGCAGCUAAAUAUAUCUUCAGAAGAAAUGAAGCAAAUUAAACCUUUAGAAGAAAUGAAGCAAAACAAAUCUUUAGAAGAAAUAAAGAAAACUAAAUCUUUGAAAGAAAUGAAGCAAAAUAAAUUUGUCGAAAAAAUGAAGCAAAAUAAAUCUUUAGAAGAAAUGAAGAAAAAUAAGUCUUUAGAAGAAAUGAGUCAAGAUAAAUCUUUCACAAAAAUGAAGCAAAAUAAAUCUUUCGAAAAAAUGAAGCAAAGUAAAUCUUUAGAAGAAAUGAAGCAAAACACAUCUUUGGAUGAAAGGAAGCAAAAUACAUCUUUGGAUGAAAGGAAGCAAAAUACAUUUUUGGAUGAAAGAAAACAAAAUACAUCUUUUGAAGAAAUGAAGAAAAUUAAAUCUUUCGAAAAAAUGAAGCAAAAUAAAUCCUUAGAAGAAAUUAAGCAAAAUAAUUCACUCAAAAACAUAAAACACAAUAAAUCUUUAGAAGAAAUGAAGCAAAAUAAAUUCGACGAAAAAAUGAAGCAAAAUAACUCUUUAGAAGAAAUGAAGAUAUCUCCAGACAAACCGAAGAUGAAAAGAGACGAAAACAAGAGAGAAAUGAACACAAACGAAAAUCGAAAAAUAAAGAAAAUCCCCAACAAAUCGGAGCGAAGAAUUGAAAAAGAAGAAAAUUGGAAAAAUGAAGAAAAGAAGAGAAGCAAAAAUAAAAAGAAAAGUACAAAAAAAGAAGAAGAAGAGGAAAAUGUUGACAAUAAGCAAACGGAAUUUAUUGCAGUGAAACCGGCUCUCGAACAAGUAAAUCCGGAAACUUUAGAGGUAAAGAGAUACCUCCCCACCCACGAGUCAGUGAACGGAGAAGAGUUGGAAUUUUUGGAUGUGUACGAGCGUGACGAACCGGCAAUAGUAUUAAAAGAUCCAUUGGACGUAAUAGCGCUCAGAGGUUCAACAGCGAUUCUCAGUGUGUUGUAUCGAGGUCAACCGGAGCCCACAGUCAGAUGGCUUCAAGCUGGUCGAGUUUUGAUUCCAAGCGAGAGAAUUCGAAUCGAAACCGAAAAAGGCACAUCGAGACUCACUUUGGAAAAAAUAACAGCUGACCAAGCUGGAAAAUACGCGGUUUUCGUUGAAAAUUCUUCAGGACGCGAUUGGAGAUAUUCGAGUCUUGCGGUUGAAGGACCACCGGAAGCACCAGCGGGAGUGCCAAUAGUGAGCGCAUGCAAUGUGGGCAAAGAAAUUCCAGGUGUCAAUGUAGCAUGGUGUUCUCCGUCAUACGACGGUGGAUGUGCACUCACUGGCUAUGCGAUUGAAAUGCGAAAUAUUGAUGAAGAAAGUUGGACUCUUGUUUCAGAAACAUAUCAUUCACUUAAUCACACAAUCGCUGGUCUCAUACCAGAUGAGACGUAUCUAUUUCGAGUUAGGGCAAUAAACAUUCACGGAGCAAGUGAACCGAGUUUUGAAUCCGUUCCGUUUACAGUUCGACGGGAAAUUGAAAACGAGAAGGAAAUGAAGGAUCAAAUGUCGGAUAAGGAAACCGAAGACGAAAGCUUUGGCGAGAAGAACAUGGAGAAGACAGUAGUCACUCCCGAGGACGGAAAAGUCUUCCACGAAAGAUACGAUGUAAUGGAGGAAUUGGGAAAAGGUCGAUACGGAAUUGUCAAAAGAGUUGUGGAAAAAACAACGGGACAUGAAUUCGCAUCGAAAUUUGUGAAGACAAUAAAAGCAACGGAUAGAAAAUUAGUGCGUGAAGAAAUAAAAAUAAUGAAUCUACUUAAACAUCCGAAGCUUCUUCGUUUGUCAGCAGCUUUUGAGAGUCCGAGGGAAAUCAUCAUGAUCACAGAAUACAUAUCAGGCGGUGAGCUUUUUGAAAGAGUAGUUGCCGAUGAUUUCACACUCACUGAGAAAGAUAGCAUUCUCUUUAUGAGACAAAUUUGCGAGGGCGUUAAAUACAUGCACAAAAAUAAUGUCGUUCAUCUGGAUCUCAAACCAGAGAAUAUAAUGUGUCGAACUCGAACGUCCCACAGUAUAAAAUUAAUAGAUUUUGGCUUGGCACAAAUUUUAAAGCCAAAUGUUCCAAUUCGUGUACUUUUUGGAACGCCGGAAUUUAUUCCACCUGAGAUUAUUAGCUACGAGCCUAUUGGCACCGAAUCCGAUAUGUGGAGUGUGGGAAUAAUCUGUUACGUUUUAUUAAGUGGACUCUCUCCGUUUAUGGGCAAUAAUGAUACGGAAACUUUUGCCAAUAUAACAAGAUCUGAAUAUGAUUUCGAUGACGAAGCAUUUGACGCAAUUUCACAGGAUGCCAAAGAUUUUAUUGGCUGUUUAUUGAUUAAGAGAAAAGAAUCUCGAAUGUCGGCAAAGGAAUGUUUAGAGCACUCGUGGCUGGCGCAACACACGGAAAAUAUGAGUCAAGUUGCUUUAUCGACCGAAAAAUUGAAGAAAUUCCUCGUACGAAGAAAAUGGCAGAAAACAGGAAAUGCACUUCGAGCACUUGGCCGGAUGUCGAAAUCGGCAAAUAGUAGACGAAGUCCUUCACAAUCGUCGGGACCGUCCUCUCCCGUUUUGAAGGAAUCAUCAUCCUUUGAGGAGUCAUCAGAUAAAAAAAAUACGAGUACAAGGGAAAAUUCUUUUGAAGAAAAUAUCGAAAUUUCUUCAGUUGCCAAAGAAGAUUUUUCUCGAAAGGAAGAUAAAAUGACUUUGAAAAUUGUGUCAGCAGGGGAAGAAAUUUUAUCUUCGGGAAAUGUUUCUUCUUUCGCUGAUGAAGAAACGGAGAAAUCUUAUUCUCGUCGGGAAUCAGAAAAAGUUUCUUCAGUCGAUGAUGAUGCAUCAGAUGAAGCUUCUUCUUUGCGUUCCGAAAUACCGGUGAAAACUACUUCUUUUUCUGCUGACGAAAUAAAAGAAAAAUUGUCUUUUGCUAAUGAAGAAUCAGAAGAAGCUUCUUGUUUAGCUGCUGAAGAAACAAACGAAGUUUCUCCUUCUCUUCCCGAAGCAUCAACGAAAUCUUCUUCUUUUCCUACCGAGACACGAAAAAAUUUAUCUUCUGUUGCCGAAUCAACAGAUGUUUCUUCUUCUACUAAGAAACGAUCGGAAAACAUUUCUUCUUUUACUAAUGGAGAAUCGAAAAAAGUUUCUUCUCUUACUAACAAAGAAUCAAAAAAAGUUUCUUCUUUUAUAAAUAAAGAAUCGAAAAAAGUUUCUUCUUUUGCUAAUGAAGAAACGGAGAAAGUUUCUUCUUCUGCUAAUAAGGAAUCGAAAAAAGUAUCUUCUUCUACUAAUGAAGAAACGGAUAAAGUUUCUUCUCCUACUAAUGAAGAAAUAGAAAAAGUUUCUUCUCCUACCGAUCAACAAUCAGAAGAAACUUCUUCCUUUGCUGCUGAAGAAAUAGAGUAUGUUUCUUCUUCUCCUUUCGAAGUAUCAAUGGAAGAUACUUCCUUCGUUGAAGAAAGGAGAAAAAAUUUAUCUUCUCCUGUUGCCGAAUCAACAGAAAACGUUUUUUCUUCCAGUGAAAAAACACAGGGAUAUUUCCUUCCUAUUUCUUCAAAUUUCGAACCCAUUUAUGAGAAUAUUUCCUCACUUUCACUGAAGAAAGAAAAGAAUACUGAAGAUAUUGUCGAACCUGAGGUAUUUGAAGUAUUUGAAGUAUUUGAAAAAUUGGAUAUUGAUGAAGCUAGUCAAAAAAGAAAUUCAGAAUUCAAAGAAGAAGAAAAUGACCGAAAAGAAGAAGAAGAAGAAGAAGCAAAAGAAGAAGUAGAAGGACAAAAAGAAACUGAAGAACUUCCUUCUGGAAAUAUUUUGAAUAUUGAAGAAAUUAUGGAAGAAGUAAAUUCUAAACUGCAAAAAUUUGCAACUGAAGAAAAUGACAAUGUGGAAUUAGCGGAAAAUGAAGCUAUUGAAUCUCAAACGAAAGAAGCGAACAAGCAAAAAUAUCAAGUCAGAUUUUCCAUUGACGUAAAAGCUGACGAGAUGGAAAGUGAUUCGGAUUUUAAUUUCGAGCAACUGAAAAAUUCAAAGAAGACUGAUGACAAUCGAAAUAAAAUCGAUUCCGAUAAGCAGGAGGUUGAGGAGGAGAAAUUCAACCAAGAUGACUUCAAAAAUGGAGUAUGUAACACUGUGUGUGAUCUUAACACUUUGCACGAAGACGAUUGUGGUGAGAACACACGGAACACACGGGUAAUUAAAACAAGUCAAGGUCGGCACUAUCUUCACACGGGGAAUGUGAGUCGAACGGCAAAAAUAUUCGAGAAGAAGGGAACAGAAUCACAUGCCGGAAGUUCAGUGAAGGAGAAAUCUACACGGCCAUUAUCACGAACAAAUACACAACGUGAAAGAAUACAAAAAGCAUUUGAGUUUUGGAAAAAGUAACUUCCUUGAGAUGACGAGCAAAAAAGAAAAGAAAACUUAACGAAAAUAACUAUUUCACAAAUAAAUUUUAGCAAAAUUAUAUUAUUUUUGUAAAAUUUAUAAAAAAAGGGAAAAAAAAAUUCUAAUGGAAAUAUUUUUUAUACGAAAACGAAGAAACAUAUUUACGAUAUAUAAUUAGAAUUUUUUAAUUUAUAUAGAAUCAAAAAAAAAGUUGAUUUAAUGAAAAUUGUAUACUCUUUACUUUAACGAUAGGGGAGAAUAAUAAUUUAAUUGAAUUUUAUUUAUUCUCAAGUUAUUCUCUCAAAUGAAUUUUAAUUUGAAGUGAAAGAAUAUAUUUGAUUCUAAGCGAACGACGAUUAAUUUUGCGAUAUUGACGAAUUUUUUUUUUCGAUUACGACUUAGCAAGAUUAGAUAAUAAGUAGCUGAUAAUAAGUACCUCUGAUUUAUACAGUAUAUUUAUUCGCCGAUUAAUUAAGUGCAUGAUCGUUAUUCGAAAUAAAUUUCUCGUUCCUGUUUA